CGCGGCCUCCCCACAGCGGGUGGGACAGGAAGUCUGACAGCUUGAGUCUGCAGAGGGACCCCUAGUGUUUUCCCACUCCAGGUCCUGGCAUCGUUCCCCAGAAGCACAAACACACACACACAUACACACACAGAGCUCCCAUUGUUGCAGCCUUCCCCAGCCCACUGAUCCUAAUAUGGAAUGCGGCAGGAAACCCAUGAUUUCCUGACACUCUGCGAGCUGGAGGAAGCAAGGGGGAAACUCCAUUAAAAAGCCCAGCUUUCCUCCAUGUUAGAUAUGCAGUGGGAAAUGGGGAAGAUUUAGUAAAAUUCCCCUGUGUCUCAAGCCAGGCUGGGAAUGGGGAGAGUAGCAUGAAGCCCUCAGGCUCCUGAAAUUUCUAAUCUGCCUGGACUGCUCCAGAAUUCUGCGGAAAUGAGGAUUUCCUAGCUGAAAGUAAUAGGGAACUGGGACAGACCCUUCUCACCAUGUCCCCGAGUGUGCACGUCCUUUCUCUGCCAGGAUGGUAAGCGACGGAGCCUACACCGGCCUGGGACUCGCCUAUGUGAUCUAAGGUAGCCAGAGGAAGGCAGAGCGAGCUCCAGCCUGCGGCUCACUUCCCACCACUUCACGUGCUCUGGAAGCAGCAGCAGUUCCAGCAUCUGGAGCCGCAAGAAUGAACUGCAAAGAGGAAAAUGACAGCAGCUGCAGCUGCGGUGGUGGCCAAGACAACGAGAAGAAGAUGCUGAAGUGUGUGGUGGUUGGGGACGGUGCCGUGGGGAAGACCUGCCUGCUGAUGAGCUACGCCAAUGACGCCUUCCCUGAGGAGUACGUGCCCACCGUGUUUGACCACUACGCAGUUACUGUGACCGUGGGAGGCAAGCAGCACUUGCUUGGACUGUAUGACACUGCAGGACAGGAGGACUACAACCAGCUGCGGCCGCUCUCCUAUCCCAACACCGACGUGUUCCUGAUCUGCUUCUCCGUCGUAAACCCCGCCUCUUACCACAACGUCCAGGAAGAGUGGGUCCCGGAGCUGAAGGACUGCAUGCCUCACGUUCCCUAUGUCCUCAUAGGGACCCAGAUCGAUCUGCGCGAUGACCCCAAAACCUUGGCCCGUCUGCUGUAUAUGAAGGAGAAACCUCUCACUUACGAGCAUGGCGUGAAGCUUGCAAAAGCGAUCGGAGCACAGUGCUACUUGGAAUGCUCGGCCCUGACUCAGAAAGGCCUUAAAGCAGUUUUUGAUGAAGCAAUCCUCACCAUUUUCCACCCCAAGAAAAAGAAGAAACGGUGCUCUGCGCGGCAUAGCUGCUGCUCCGUUAUCUGAGGUUGCUCGAGCACCGCCCUCCACUCCGGCCCCGGGGGAGGGAGGUCGGCGGGCAGCCUCUGCACCCCAGCUCCAGCCAGAAAGGAGGACACCACACAGAGGAAGUCCUGCGCCUGCAUGAGCUCUCCGAGCAGCACCCUCGUCCGCCACCUGCCACGUCCCCUGCCAGCCAGAGCAGCCACCCUGCACACGCGCCUGCAACGCCGGGCCUGGAGUCCAGACAGGCCUGCUGCCGAGCAUGUUGGAGACAAAGUCGAAGGCCACCUCGCAUUUUGUAGCCCCCUUCCCACGAGUGUGGAACUGAUGGGAAUCAUCGCAGGAAAACCAAAAGAGAAAGUUGGUGCCUGUGUUGGUGGCCUUACUUGAUGUCUUAUAGAAAACCUAAGAACACGACACUAACCUUUUCUUUUCCUGAAACUGCUGUUUUCAUCCAUGUGUCUUACGUAGAUUUGUGUUACUUCAGGAAGCUCCAAUUGACUCAGGUUUUACAAAUCCUUACCAAAGUAGCCUAAAGACAAGAUGGUUCGUGUUCAUUUCCAUUCUGGGCAGGUUUCUACCAAAGUUAUUGGAACCAACAUAUACCUCUGAAUGCCUGAUUAUAAAACACAAGAAAACUUUUAAGCUUUCGGAAAUUUACAAAGCCAUCAUUUUUUAGCCUGGUUUUUAAAAAAACAAAAAGCACCAUCUGAAUUAUUGUAGGUCCACAUAUUUUGCCAAAGAUUCACCCUACAAAUGCUUAAAGUGUAGAUAGGCUGCUUUUUUUUCAUAUCAUAAUGCCAUGUCUAACUAAAAAGGAACUGUAUUUAAGAAAAUAGCAUUUCUGCUUUUUAUACAAACUGAUUGGGGGAAGCAAAUGGCAGAACUCAUCCUUUACAAGUAUUCUUCACCCAGCAAAGUAGAUCUCCUGCUCCUCCCUUCCCCCGGAAACCCUUUUCCUUCUUUGGACUUACACCUCCUCCCUCCCUGUUGCUCUUGUUCCUGCCCAUACAACAAUAGCCUGACCUGAAAGAAAGAUCUGGACGUUCAACAUGAAAAGCCAAAAGUUUCACAAUGCCCCCAAAUCAGCCACACUGCCUCAGUUUUUGUACUUGCUUCAACAGAAAGUGCUUCUCAGCUUGCCCUCUGUAAGCUCUCAUUCUAAAUGGAAUACCUUUUCCCAGUUACAAAUGGUGCUAAAUUAUUGCACCUCUCGCUUCCCUUCCUCACUCUCCCAAAUAUCUGUUUGGGAGCUACAUUGGUAGGUACCAAGUUUUGGGUCCAUUUCCAGAACAAUGCACAACAUACAGCAUGGCCUUGGCCCUAGGAAAGGAAAAGCUCCCGAUUAUUUGCCCUUUCUAUAUGAAAAUUCAUUUUAUUUUAUUGCAUGAGUGAAGUCUAUCUUUGCAGUAUGACAUUUGGGCAGGGGGGCUACCAGGAAUCAAACUCAGGACCUCCCACUUGCCAGGCAAGCGCUGCACCCCUGAGCUAUACCCUCGGCCCCAGGCAGUACAAAAUGAUGCCAAGUUGUUCCAGAUUCUAGCUCCCCCUAAUGAAGACACCAGCUUUCUAGUCCCAUCUGCUCCUGGAGGAGCCAUUUACAAAAAGAAUUGUAUGCUGUGGGUCUUUUCUCUUAAGACCUUCCGGAAUUACACUUCAGUCUUUGGGGUUCUAUCUGUGUAGAAUUUCUGAAAUGUGUUUUCCCUCCUCCCAUAUUCAAGUACUAGUUCUUUUCUCUCCCAUCUAAUUGCUAAACAUUUUUUUAAAGUACACACACACAUCUUAAAGGCAGCAGGAGUUUUGUGAAGCCAAAGUGUGACAUUUAGAAAAAUGAGGACUUUCUGCCUUUGUAAAUGGAAGUCAACCAUGUGUGAACUAUAACUCUGCAGAGGUUAUGAAUUCAUCCUCUACAAACAAUAAUGAGUAUUUAGCCCUGUAAUAAAGGAAGUGCUGUUAGCCAGUUUUGUCGCAUUAUUGCAUAGUUACAUCUUGCUAAAGAGCCACUCCUCACUUCUCAUUGAUGCGGAUGAAAAUGGAAAGCAUUGUGUUGACUUCACCAAGAAAAACGUUCCAGAUGUGUGUACUCAACCGGAAAAUAGCUCCUCACGUCAUCACCUCCCCCGUGGGCCACUGGGAUUAACUUGUUCAUGGUGGGAAGGUAACUCUCUCUCGCCUGGAACCGGAACCUGUGCAGAGACCGUUAGUGUCUGAACAGAGCAGACUCCAAGAGAUGUUAGGGGCUAAUUACAAAAUAAAGUCACAUAGAACAAAGCUA